AUGGAUGGCUCUGGUGAUACCCCAUAUGCAUUGGAUUAUUCAGAAUCCAUGGCAUUUUUUAAUAGUGCAUACAAUCAAACAAGUGCACAGUCGAUAACAGCGACGGAAUUCGAUAGUACUCAAGAGUUACUCUGGGCGGGAAGUAAUGAGGGACGUGUGGCAUCAUUUUAUGGUUGUGAACUCCGAAAACAUACCGGCUUUCGUGUUUCAACAACUUCCGACAUUCGAAGUAUAUUAUCGAUUGCACAAGGACCACUCAUACUCGCUUCCGAUUCACUUUCAUUGUAUACAAGACAAGGUUUAAAUAUCUUCACUCAUAGAGCUCCUUAUCUUGACAAUAUGCAGUGUAUGUUAAUACCACAAUCUCAUAAACAAAAGAAAAUCUAUGUCGGCGGUUAUAACGGACAAUUAUGUGAAAUGGAUUUUGAUAAACGAACGUUGCUUCGUCAGGUGACCGUCGAUGAGGGUGAUUGUAUCAUAUUGAAAUAUUGUACGCGAAAUUUCAUUGCAACUGGCUCGACCAACGGUGUCGUGAAUCUACGCGACCCAAAUUCACUUCAAGUUAUUCAACGUUUUACACCUCAUCAUGGAAGUUUGUCUGAUUUAGAUAUCAAUAAUAUGUAUUUAGUUACGUGUGGUUUUACACGAAAAAUGGAUCAUAUGAAUCUCGAUCGAUUCCUUGUUGUUUACGAUCUACGAAACAUGCAACAAUUAGCGCCGGUACCGGUUUAUAUCGAUCCAUGUUUUCUUCAUUAUCAUACAAUGACAAGUACAUCGGUUAUGGUUGCCUCUCAAUAUGGACAUCAUACACAAGUUGAUUUAACAGGUGGUUUAACUCAUACCUACUCACCGAUCAUUAAUCUAACAACUAAUCCUGCUGGUAUUAUAACAACAUUUAGUGUUUCAACCAGUAUGCAUUGUACAGCAUUUGGCCAUUCAACAGGUACCAUACAUCUAUUAUAUAAAAAUGAUCCACAGUGUUGUUUUAACUAUCAAUCGGUUGAAACACAAUUUGCCAAUCCACCAGUUGAUCCAAAAGUAGGAGAUCUUAACGAUCCAAUGAGCUCUCUGUCGAGCGUACCUAUUCCAAUAACAUCACAUAAACUCUUGUCAGAUAUGCCUAAACAAUGGACCAAAUCGAUCGCCAGGCCAACACCGAAGAUUCCAAAGGAGUUUCUUGAUAAUGUUCGUGUGUUUCAAGGUCUUGCUUGUGUUAAAAAUCCAUCAACACGUCGUGCUAAUCAAUGGCCCUAUCCACCCGAUGCAGACACGUUGGCACCACGUGAACAAAUAAAAUUUUUACCUGACGAAGAUGAAAAUACGAAUCCGAACGAGAAAAGUAAUCCAGACGGAACAGCAAAUGAAACUGAAGCCAACAAUCUUAAUUUCGAUGCUCUAUCACUUGAUCAACAACCUCAAGAUAAAGCACCAACACCUCCAACAACAGCGAACACAUGA